CCUAAGUUCAGUCUUUACUGCAAGUUACUGUUUGUUUUCAACAACUUCGGAUUUAAAGACUCCAAACUAGUAACAUUUCUAGGACCCUGAAUUGGUUGGCCCCUUAACAGAGCCUCCGCUAACUCCUAUACACAAGUUGACAUUGCAACAUUUCGACAUUCCCUUUGGAGUUAUUACUGUCAAAAUCCAGCUGAGGUUGAAUUCGCAACCACGCAUUAUCACCAAACAGUCGUUCACUUCUUUUCUGACAAUUCAAUGGAUAUAGCACAGUUCAGACCAAAGAUAUUAGACAUAUUGAAAGUGUCGGAUCUCUCUAUGGUAACAGCAAAGAAAGUGCGUACUCAAUUGGAGCAAAAUUACAAUAUUUGUUUGAAGGAUCAUAAGAAAAGCUUAGAGUCUUUGGUUAUGGAAUGCUUUUACGAGCUUCAGGAUCAGCAUGGCAGUGUAUCAAUGCACGAAGGUAGCGACGGACGAGAUUCGAAUAUUAUGCUAACGACAUCUGUGAGCUCUCCCGAAACCACAACAAUAUCAGAUGAUGGCAAAUCGAUGUUAAUGGGUAUGCAGUUACCGGACUACGAUCCAUUUCAACAACACAUUGGUUCAUAUACUCUCAACGACUUCUCAAUGCCUACGUCUCAAUAUACUACAUAUUCAGAAGCAAGUAACCUCCACAGUCAUAUGAUGAAUGUACAAAAUAACGGCAUAGACUUCAUGCCUGAAAUAAGAUUAAGAAACCAGAAAAUUCCGACGCAAGGUUUUCAGUCGCAGAGCCCAGAAUCUUUCAGCAAUGUAAUGUCGCAAGACCCUAUGGCUAAUUUCCAAGCUCAUUUAUCCUCAAACUAUCUUCCAUACUACACGUUCUCCUCUUCUGCGCAACCUGGCCCCGGCAUAAAAGCGCCUGAGACACCACAAUACCAUAUUAGCCCUACUUCUUAUGGGCAGUUCCAUCAAGCUUACGACACACAGUAUAGAGUGCAGCAAAUGAAGCAACAUGAGAUGGGAGGACCUAUACUGAGCACUCCAAAUAACCAGUUACAACAUAACAGAAUACAGCAGCAGCCAUACGUAGGCAGUGGCCACGGUAAUGGACAAUCGUGGCCACUCACGAUAGCCAAGCUACGGCAGAUGAAUAUGAAGUCAAAUAUAAAAAAGAACGUUGGGAAGGCUAAAAGAAAGAGACGUACUGCUGCCAUUGUUGACGAUCCGAACGCUCCUCCGAAACCGAAACGAAAUACUGGACUGAACAAACCACUGAUAUUGAGUCCCAUUUUAGCAGCUUUCACAGGCGUGUCAGAACUUUCAAGGCCAGAAGUCGUAAAGAAGCUUUGGAAAUACAUCAAAGAAAAGGAUCUACAGGAUCCAACUGACAGAAGAUAUAUUCUCUGCGACGUAGAACUGAAGAAAAUAUUCACUCAAGAUCGUGUAAAUAGCUUUGCCAUGAAUAGGGAUUUGUCGGCCCACUUAUCCAAGAAAUCCGAUCCAGAGCCUACUACGGCUCCUACACUUGAAAAAACAGACUCAAAUUACACUCUAGUCAGCUCCAGUGCUAUGACUCCACAAACUCCAGGUAUCAGCAUGUCCGGAGAAGAGGAUUUCACGGAUGUGGCUAAGUCUGAAGAAUUAAAUGCAAUAGAUAUAGAGCAUCUCGUGCAAAGCAUGGCACCAGUGAACUCUUGACGGUAAACCCCUCGCCAUGCCUGCUUGAUCCACUGUUGAAUAUUCUGUCGAAGGAAGCUUUAAAAAUUGAAGUGUUGACCUUGCCAUUUUCACUUCUUAAUAGUUAUAUAGAA